AUUGUUGCUUUUGAACAUCAGUUUUAACGCAUUAAGCGCACCUCUCUCAAAACACGCUUACACAAAUUUCUUCGGUCGUUCGCAUCAAUGGCGUUCCGGAGAGUAGUCGCUCAGCGCCUCUUCGGCGUGUCCAGAAUGGCCGUAACUAACUGUCGAGUUUCGUCGCCCUGCACGGCGGCGCAGUCGAAGGUGUUGAAUCAGGCGGGGAGUAGGAUCGCUUCGGAUCCAGGAGAUUAUUACGGUUUUAUUUUCCGGCGAUACAUCCACCGCCACUCGUCGUCGCUGUCGCCGGGGCUGAGGUUUCUGCCGACGGGAGAGAAGCUUGUGGAGAAGGUCAGGGAAUUGGAUAAUGCCAGGAGCGGCAGGAUCCGGCUGGAUGGCUUGAGACUGGCGAAAGAGGAGGAAGAGGCUGCGGCGGCGGCGGCGGCGGAGGAGGAGGGGAAACAGGUGUUGAAGGAUGCUGUGAAGAUAUUGCAGCUGUCUCAGCUUGAGAUGGUGAAGUCGAGCCUGAAGAAGGUAGAGAAGGAUUGCGUUUCAUAUCCAGAAUUCGUUGAUAUCUGCGCGAAAGCAUGCGCAAGCGUCGAUGAUGGAGUGAGAUUCGCUAAAAUGCUCGAUCAAUCGGGGAGUGUGAUUGUUUUCGGGAACACUGUGUUCCUCAAGCCUGAAAAGAUAGUGAAAGCUAUCCAAGGCCUAAUCCCCGGGGCGGCGGCGCCACCAUUGCUGACGACUGGGGAAGAUUCUAGAAGAAAAGAGCUGCAGAAAAUGGAAGAGCAGAAAGCAGGGAUAGACAGGCGCGCAAGGCAGGCGGUGCGGAGGGAGCUCUGGGGAGGAUUGGGGUUCCUGGUGGUGCAGACGGUGGCGUUCAUGAGGCUGACAUUUUGGGAGCUCUCGUGGGAUGUAAUGGAGCCGAUCUGCUUCUACGUGACGUCCAUGUACUUCAUGGCAGGGUAUGCGUUCUUCCUGAGGACAUCAAAGGAACCUUCAUUUGAGGGAUUCUUCCAUAGCAGGUUCAGUGCCAAGCAGAGAAGGCUUAUGCAGGCCUGCAAUUUUGAUGCUCACAGGUAUGACAUGUUGAAGAAGAUGGUCUUGUGAUUAGUACUAAUUAGUUAGUCGGGGAUUUUUAUUUCUUUAGGUGUUUAAAAUAAAAUGAGAAAAAAAAAAAUUAGAAUUGAAGAAAAUUGCAAUGGAAUGAAGAGUGACGAAGAGUUGUUCUAAUUACAAUUUUUUUGUUUGUUUGAUUUUUAUUUUUUAAAAAAUUCUCGGAUGAAUAGGUUGUUGUUAGGGUGAGCGUGUGAAUAUUUGCGGCUCGUGUAAACAUUAUAUUGCUUACAACAAAUGAAAUAUUUAUGUUUUAAUA